AUGCUCGGCUUGUGGACCGUUUUCUGGAUAUGCUCAUGGAUAGCCGCUGUUGGAGCGUUUCCGGCGCAUCUGCGGGCAAGCGACAAAGAAAUCUCCCAACAAACCUUUGAGUCCCUAGAAGAACUCGCUCGCAUCGUCGACAUAUCCUACUGCGUCGGGACGACGGGUAUACAGAAGCCCUUUAGAUGCCUGAGUCGAUGUAGCGACUUUGAGGGCUUCGAACUCGUCACCACCUGGAACACCGGUCCUCUUCUGUCCGAUUCCUCUGGCUACAUUGCCUUGUCGCAUCCUCCCUACCCGAAACGAGUCAUCGUCGCCUUCCGAGGAACCUACUCUAUCGCAAACACCAUUGCCGACCUGUCGACAAACCCUGCGGAAUAUGCCCCUUUUCCUUGCGAGAGAGAUAAUGAUUCAUUCUGCACUACCGAGCAACGGCAAAAUGAAAAAGAUCCACUACUUCCACAACUCCUGAAGCAGCCGGAGAAAAGGAGCUCGAUCAAGGCAGAAUGUCCGAACUGCACUGUUCAUUCGGGCUUCAUGACCUCCUGGCGGAAUACACGCUGCAUCAUCAUCCCGCACGUGGAAAUGGCCCUGAAGGACCACCCAGACUACGAACUAGUGCUGGUGGGCCAUUCACUCGGAGGGGCCGUUGCAGCGUUGGCGUCUCUGGAGUUUCAAGCGAGAGGAUGGGAGCCUCAUGUCACAACUUUUGGCGAGCCACGGAUCGGAAACCUGGCUCUGAAUCAGUUCAUCGACCGACGUUUCAACUUGAACACCACCAGGCCGGACGACUGGACGUACCGCAGAGUGACACAUGUGGAUGACCCAGUGCCGCUUUUGCCUCUGGAGGAAUGGGGCUACCGAAUGCACGCGGGCGAGAUAUACAUCUCCAAACCCGCGCUGCCUCCUGGUCGUGCCGAUAUUCGGCAUUGCAAGGGCGAUGAGGAUCCCGCUUGUAUUGCCGACAGCAUCUCGACUGAGAAGGUAGGAACAGCUACCCAGGAAGACGACAGCUUGGCCUCUGAGGUCAAGGAAAUGUGGGAGAUAAGUCGGCGCUAUAAAUUUUGGCAGCUGUUCUUCGCCCAUCGUGACUACUUCUGGCGGCUGGGUCUCUGUGUACCAGGUGGAGACCCUUGGGACUGGUCGAGACGGAAACACAACGCGACCUAUAUGAAUGACGAGUUAUGA